CAGCCUUCAUCUUCUUCCUCUUUCUUCUGGUCUUCAGAGCUUGACAUUAAUGGGGAAUAAAAGCUCCAAAAAGAGCCAGGCUUUGCCCAUUGAAACUUCCUUCAAGUUUCCUUCUCCUCUUCCAGCUUUUCCACCAGGCGAAAGCGGCUUCGCCGGCGGGCUAAUCGACCUCGGCGGCGGACUGAAAAUCCGCCGAAUUUCAUCCUUCAACAAAAUCUGGACCACCCACAACGGCGGUCCGGACGAUCUCGGAGCCACAUUUUUCGAGCCGUCUCCUCUUCCCCAAGGCUUCUCCGUUCUCGGCCACUACUGCCAGCCCAACAACAAACCCCUCUUCGGCUGGGUCCUCGCCGGAAGAGACGACACUCCCGCCGGCGCCGUUCUCAGGAAGCCCGUCGACUACGUCCUCGUCUGGAGCAGCGAAAAAUCGAACAUCAAACGAGACACCGACGGCUACAUCUGGUCGCCGAUUCCUCCCGACGGUUACAAAUCCGUCGGUCACAUCGUCACCACGUCGCCGGAGAAGCCCUCCGUCGACAGAAUCCGAUGCGUCCGUACAGAUCUCACAGAGCAAUCCGAGAAAGAGAGCUGGAUUUGGGGGCCGGCGAAAUCAAUCGACGAAAAUGGGUUUAAUGUGUUCAGUUUCAGACCCACAAACAGAGGAAUCACGGCGCCGGGGGUUUCAGUCGGGACGUUCGCCGCCGUGCCGGCGGUGAAUUCCCCUCUGCCGUUGCUCUGUCUGAAAAACUUGGCUUCGAUUUCUGCAGCGAUGCCGGACAUUUCUCAGGUGGCUGCUCUGUUUGGAGCUUAUUCUCCGUUGAUUUACUUUCACCCGAAGGAGAAAUUUCUCCCGUCGUCGGCGAAUUGGUUUUUCUCCAACGGCGCUCUGCUUUACAAUAAAUCCGACGAAUCGAAGCCGGUUUCGAUUGAUGAAAAUGGGGCGAACCUCCCUCAGGGCGGCGGAAACGACGGCGUUUUCUGGCUGGACCUCCCCGUGGACGGCGGCGCAAAGGAAAGAGUGAAAAAAGGGGAUUUACAGAGCUGCCAAGUUUAUCUACACAUAAAGCCGAUGCUCGGAGGGACUUUCACCGACGUCGCGAUAUGGUUUUUUUUCCCGUUCAACGGGCCGGCGACGGCGAAGGUCGGGAUAAUCGAUAUUCCGUUCAGGAAGAUCGGGGAACACGUCGGCGAUUGGGAACAUAUUACGUUGCGGAUAAGCAAUUUCAACGGCGAGCUGUGGCGGGUUUAUUUUGCCCAACAUAGUAAAGGCGAGUGGGUUGACGCGCCGGCGCUCGAGUUUGAAAACGGCAACAAAGUGGUGGCGUACUCGUCGUUGAAUGGCCAUGCCUCCUACUCAAAGGCCGGACUGGUAAUGCAGGGCGGGGCAGAGAUCGGGCUUAAGAACGAGACGAAAAAGAGCGGGAUGGUGCUGGACACGGGAGCGAACUUCUCGGAGAUUGCGGCGGAGUAUUUGGGGGCGGCAGUUGCAGAGCCGCCGUGGGUGAACUACUUCCGGCAAUGGGGUCCGAAGAUCGAGUACCGGAUCGCGGAGGAGAUGGAGAAGCUGGAGAAGUUGCUGCCGGGGAGGCUUAAAGAAGCUUUUAAGGAUUUUAUGAACCGAUUACCGGAUGAAAUUCUUGGACAAGAAGGACCCGCCGGACCCAAAUUGAAGGAUACUUGGAAUGGAGAUGAACGCUCUUAAAAUUUCAAAAACCUUCUCCCUUCUCAAAUCUCAUCCAUGCCUGCCAAACUUCCAUCUUUCUCCUCUAAAUCUGUUUGAUUCAAUCACGCAUUGCCAAAUGGAAAAUCAAACGACAACUAUAUUUAAAUUUCAAUGUAUUCCAUUUGAAUUUUGCAAUGUAAUUCAUUUGCUAUCAA